CAUUAUUUGUGUUCUUGGUGUUCCUUUUCGGAUUAUGUGCUGCCAAAGAUACAGCUAUUUUCUAUGGCGGAUCCAUGAGUUUUGCUACAUACAGAGAUCAUUUGGAUAAUGACACAUUGAAGGUGCACCUCAAACUUCUUACUGGGUGGAAAAUAGGGACGGGUCCGUGUGGUGUGUCAUGUCCACGGAGUCGAACACGAUCAAGUACCCUGGCGACCAGACGGAUGAUGAUUCAGUCAAAAGGACAGAUGGAAUACUUCGGGACAUGGCAAUUAGAAUGGAAGGACAACACACUCAAACAAACUGCACAUACCAGAAAUAUUUCUCAGACAGUGGCGACGAAUUUAACGGAGGCAGUGGAGAGUGUUAAUCCAAUGGCGGAAUGGGAGUUAGACACAGCGGAGAUUUUUGUUCCCAUUCCUGAAGAAAUACAAUACGUUGACGUUAUAUUUGAAGGACAUUCAUGGCUUGAAUUGAACUUGAACAAGUUGAAUAAACCACCGUGGCACAUGCAGGUCAAGGUUAACUCACGCAGUCGUGGUGACACUAAGCGGCCCAACAGAAGCCCCAUCGUUCAAAUGAAGCCAUUCUUCAAACUUGGAAUGAACAGAACCUACAACAUCCACCUCACUGCCAUUGACGAGGAUGACGACGCCAUCUUCUGUCGUUUUGCCCAGUACGUGGAGGCAGGGGCGACAAUUACAUCGUUCAGGCAUAAAUUCCCCCAUGCCAGUGUUGACAAGGAAAACUGCGUGAUCACCAUCGACACCACUGACAUAAAUUAUUUUGUGGAGAAUUCUACAGGAGUUAUUGCAGUAACAGUACAAGACUACCCGGCUGACUUACUGACACUGAAAGGGGACAAAGACAUUAAAAUACCCUAUACAAACGUAUUAAGUGCUGUGUCCGUACAGUUUUUCGUAUUUAUUGUGGAACAUGCUGACGAGCCAAUCUUCGUUGACCCGACACCACCAAACAGACAGACAUUUAUAAUCUACGUGGGAGUAGAAUUUAAAGUCGAGUACUAUGCACGACCAACCUCGCCAGAUCCUACUAGGAAAAUUGAAAGAUUUGAAGUAACAAGAACAGGCGGCCGAGACACAAAUCAAACCAGCAUCAGCCACCUUAACGACCGGGUAGCGAAAAUAACGGUGUCAUGGAUCCCAACAGAGGCCGACCUAGGAAAAGAUAUUCUGUGUGCAAGAGUAGAGGAUAAUAUGGGAUUUGAAACAGUGGAUCUUCAGUGUUAUUCUAUCGUUAUCAAGCCAUACACGCCUAAUCCAGGAAAAACAUUCAAGGACCUGCCCUACUUUGUUCACUUUCCAGAGCCGGGAGAUAUUGUUUUCCCUGAAAAUUCCUACUGCAAGUUCCCUGUGUAUGCUGCCUCGACGUCUACUGGAGGAAUCACCAACAUCACCAUAAUGUCUACGGAGGCCUCGUCUGCUGUUAUAGUUGGCACACUGAGGCAUGCUAACAACUCGUACGGACCAGGGGCAAUGGUGAUCCAAGUUCAGCUAAAGGAACCGUUGGGUGGGCAACGGAGAAUAUGUUUUGAAGCUGCAGAUGUAAAUUCAACUGUUGUAAAAUGUCUUGUGGCCAAUGUCCUGAAGAAAGAUCCCUGUGCAGCUACUCCCUGUAAAAACUCUGGACAGUGCAUUCCUUCAGCGGACCGUGAAAACUUUUACUGUCAGUGUGUUAAUAAUUUUUCAGGGAAAACAUGCGAAAUACCUCCACCCCUAUCUUGUACUUGUCACAACAAAGGCAUGGCUUUUAAAACGGGUCCCGGCAGUUGCGUUUGUUUCUGUCCAGACAAACGUUACUCUGGUUUUUACUGUGAAAAUAAGAUUGACCAAUGUGACCCGAAUCCCUGUGGUGAUCACGGGAUUUGUGUUGACAGUGACACCGGAAGUUGUAACUGUACAGAGGGGUACACAGGGCCAAAUUGCACAACUUCACUGCCAUGUGGAACCAACUCUCCCUGUAAUGGGUGUUCCUCGAAUCCCUGUCUCAAUAAUGGAAUAUGUUUGAUGGAAUCAGGGGUCCAAAAACGAUGUAUUUGUCCCGUAGGGUUUUUUGGAGAGACGUGCCAAAAUGUCACAACUGAAAAAGUGCUAAAAUUCGUUCCCCCAACCGCCGAGAAAGGAAGUAUUUUAUCUUGCAACAUUAAACUUGAUCAGUCAUCAAAACCAUGCGAAUUUUCAGUUUAUGUGCAAGCCAGUGCCCCACCUCUUGUACAAAGUGUUGUUCAAAAUGACGAAAUUCAUGUCAUUCCAAAGAAGGCUGAAAAUGCUACCCUACCUGGAUUCCAAAACGUGUACAUGGUUCCAGUGGAGUUAUCACGUACAAAGGAAGUUGCUUAUAAAAGUGGCAUGAAAUAUGAAUUUUGUUUGCAUGCAAGCAUAACUUCAAAAGCAACUCAUCGCUGCUUUUCUGUGGACUUUGAAGCUUUGCAUAUUUCUAAAAAUAAAGGAUUAAACCCAUGGGUAUUCGUUUCGCCAACCCCAGAAAGAAACACGACAUUUACUUGUUUAGCUGGAACGUACUGUCACGCGAUUGUCUAUACAAAGAUCAGUGAUUCAGCAGUAACAAAAUGUGAACAAGUUCUUGUGACAAAUUCACUUGGAGCAAAGACCUUUUCAACCAAACCUUUAGCUGACAAAUGCCUGACCGAUGUUGUCUUCACAGAUAACAAACUGGAAGGAACACAUCAAGUCUGUCUUAAAUCUUGGAAAAAUGGUGAAUCAAGAUGCUAUUUCAUACACAUUGUAAAAAAUAUGACAGACGCUUGUGAUUCAAAUCCUUGUCUCAAUGGAGGUUUGUGUAUUCAAAGGACUGGUGCAGCCUAUUCUUGCAUCUGCACUGCUAACUAUACAGGUGCAAAGUGUGAGAAGGGACCAUGUUCACAAUCUGAUUCUCAGUGUAAAAAUGAAGCUUAUUGCUACGCCACAGGAACUGAAAAGUUCUGUUUUUGCAAAACAGGAUACAAAUCAUCUGAAAAUGUCACUGAUCCACAACAUAAUGGGGGCAAAUUUACAGAUUCUGUUUAUGCAACAAACGUAACCUGCUUUGUCUCUAAGCCCUGCCUUAUUCCACAUAUUAUAACAGGAGACUUGAAUCAGAAACCCACAUUAAGGCCUGGAUAUUUAUCCCCUGAUGUAACAAUAGAUGAAAUCAAGGUUACAAAAUUUCGUAAUAAUUCUCACACCUACCACACAACAACGAUUAUCAAGGCUGAACAUACUGGACAGAAGAAAGUCUGCAUCCAGAUUUACAAUGAAAAGAGACUAACGUCAGAUGAGAUUUGUUUUAAUGUUACAGUUACCCAAGGAUUUGAUCAUAAAAAUAAGAUGUUUGCUCAUUUUAUACCACCGACUCUUCCGGACGGAACAGAAAUGCAAUGUAAGGUUGGGAGACCUUGUCAUCUUACUCUGUGGACAUCAAAUGUAUUUGGAAACAAUACUUGUCCAUUUGUAAAGCCAGAUAAAAGUCCAGAAGAUGGUGUCUAUAUUUUUCAACAGAGAGAUAAAACCUCUCCUUGUUUGAAUGAUGUUACAAUUAACAUUCCGAAUGUUGGGACUACGAACUUAUGUUUCCAAGCUUUGGGAAUCGAUUAUAUCAAUUCUAACAGAAAAACUGGAGAAACUCGAUGCUAUAACCUAAAUAUUGUCCAAACCUUAUCUGUAAAAAGUUCAUGCAGCAACGUGAAAUGUUUGAAUGGCGGUUUCUGUGAUAGUAACACCGUAAGCGGGGAAUGCAGAUGCGUUCUGGGGUUUUCUGGCCGACACUGUGAUAUCACAAGAGGAACAUCUUUAAUUUCGAACAAUCAGAGAGCUAUGAUGACUGACAUGGCUCUCCCGGAGAAAAUUAUCUGUCAUUUGAAAGAACAUUGUGAUAUACCAUUCUCUGUGACAACAAAUAGUACUACAAGACCAAUUGCUAAACUUGGUCACUAUGAUGAGGCAUUAACAAUAACCAUGCCUGUCCUCCAAAAAGAUCAGCAUACGUCAUUGCAUACCUUCAUUGGUCAUGUGACUGUAAUUCCAGAUAUAAUUGGAUCUCAUAAAGUCUGCAUUCAAACGUCAAUGGAUAACAUACUGACAACAGACGAGCGCUGUGUGGACGUAUACGUUCCACAUAAUGAAACAAAGAAUACAGUGAAUAAAAACCUGCCUCAUUAUCAUUCACCGACAUUACCAAACAACACCCAGGUUAUCUGUCCUCCAGCUAAAACUUGUCAUCUAAUACUCAACAUCUCACCUGGUCUUCAUGAAAACUGUCCAGAUGUAAAAAGAACACUGGGUAAUGCGGACUUCUCACAUAUCUUCCAUUCGAAUACAAACAACAGAGUGAUCGGUAAUUGUACUGCAGACGUCGCUAUAACACCUCUAACUAACCACUACAGCAGUGAUCUGUAUUGUUUCGAAGUUUCUUUUCCAAGUGUUCCAGGAGAGAAGAGAUGCUUCAACGUCACGUAUAAAGUUCCUGCUUCGUCAACUUGCAUUGGACAAAAGUGUGAAAAGGGAGGCUUUUGUGAUUCCUCGAAAAAUGUCUCUUCAUGCGAAUGUCCAGUAACAUCUUCUGGCACAGACUGUGGAUCACCUGGGAGUCAGAGACCUGUAAUUUCACCAUCAUUAUUUGGUACAUUUGCUGUGCCAACACUUCUGACUUGUGAGCGGCUGGUUACUUGUGGUCUUCCUGUUACUCUCAAUGGAAACUUACUUGCAAGGGACAUUCAUUUUGGUUUUGUGUCAAAUGAACUGUCGAUGAAAAUCUCGACCAUACUGAAACCUUUGCAGUUAAAACCUGAUGUCCGAAUGUUGAAUAUAGAUAUCUUAGGGAAAGAAAAAGGAACUUUCAUUGCAUGUCUCCAGUUUACAAAAGUGAGCAGAAUGACGGAGCAUUGUGUUACAAUCAAGGUCGUGGAAAAAGGUUCCAACGGUACCAUAGGAAGUAUUGUUAUGAAUAAACCUCAUUUUGAAAAUACUCUUCCAUCAAACACGGAGCUACAUUGCAAUCCAAAUAAAGAAUGUCAUCUUCUCCUGAAACAUAAAGCAAAGUCUGGAAAAUGUAACAAUGUGUUUGGUAAGGAAAUACCAGGAAUUACUCAUAUCAUGAAUGGAGUUACACCUGACUCAAAUGGUACCUGUCAAACUGACGUGUUAGUGUACUCCAAGAGAAAUAGAACGGAGACUUUAUGUUUAAGCAUUGCAGAUGAGAGCACUGUUGGGGAAACACGUUGCCUUAAGUUCGCUGUGAAUAGAAAGACAUAUGAAUCACCAUGCACAAAUGUCACCUGUCUAAACUCGGGAUACUGCAUCGGGGAUCUGCAAGGGAACUUUACUUGUAUUUGUCCCGGUGGCCAUACAGGAAAAUUCUGUUCAUUGGAUGGAGGCAUUAUACCAACUAAUCAUACUCAAUAUUCACCACCUGGACACGAUAUUACUCCAAAGUUUGUUGAUACAGCCAUACCAGAAGUUCUACCUUGCAAAGUUAAUACAGAAUGUGGGAUUAACCUUCUUGUGAAGGCAGACCCAUAUACAAGGUACAUCAUUAAAAAAGAUUCGCCAAUCAUUAAGAUGCCUAUAGAAUCUAUUAACGUUCCUUCAUCAAAUGGAACGUAUAUCGCUGGUAUAAAAUUUCAAAGCAACAAAACUGGCAUACAAACUGUGUGUGUUAAUACAGUUUUGAAAAGAAAUAAAGCCGAUGAAAUAUGCUUCAAAGUGAAUGUAACAGAUUCCACCUACAAACCACCUUCUCUGGAGAAUGGAAAAACUCCUCACUUUAACAUGAUAGAACCAACAAUCCCAGAUGGAUCAUCGGUAAACUGCGAGGAAGAUUCCACUUGUCACUUAAUCAUACGUUUGGAAAAGUAUAGCAAUGGCAGUUGUUUAGUUGCGAAAGUUACACCAAUUAUUCCAAAUGCCCGGGUAGUUAAAACAUAUCAAACCAACAACACGUGUGUGGCAGACAUUGUAACUGUAACCCACAAAGGGGACAAGAGCAAAACAGUUUGCUUUCAAGUUGAUGGCACAACUGUGAGUUAUGACAGAGAGAAAAGAUGCGUGACAGUCAAUACAGUGGAACAUGUGCAAGGGUCUCCGUGUAAUGAGCAUUCCUGUAACGGGAAUGGCUACUGUGAAUCUGACAACUCCACCCAGUACACUUGUUUAUGUAAACUAGGAUUCGAGGGAAAAGACUGUGAAAAUAAAGUUGCACCUUUGCCAAUUCCAAGGAAGAAAAAUGAUUCAACGAUUCCGAAUCCAGUAUUUGUUGAUUCGGUAUUGCCGAAACAAAUACACUGCCACUUGAUGGAGGACUGUUCAAUUACAAUGCCUAUUCUUGGAUACCCUUUGAAUCAGAGUUCUCUAUUAUUUGGACACUUUGAAAAAGGAGUUGUUCCAGGAAUAAUCACUGCUGAGAAUAUUACAGAGCCUAACAAUCAGACUCUAGCACAUUUUCAUGUUAAAGCAAUAGAGAAAGGCACAAAAUCUGUCUGUGUACAGGCUAGAAAUCUUCAUACAAAUACGGAUGAAAUCUGUUUAAAAGUGUUGGUGACACAGGAGACAGUACUAAUGACGACAACAAGUACCCCAACGAACACACCAAAAAUUGUUGAGCCCUCUUUGCCUACUGGAACAGUUGUACAAUGUGAAUUUGGAGGAACUUGUCAUUUUCAUCUUGUAACGCAGCCUUCGCCCUCUUCCAGUAACUGUCCAGAUAUAAAAAAUAUGGCUUCAUCGUCAAUUACAAAGGUGCAUUCGUUUACUUCGGAUCAUCCUUCGAGCUCCAGUAAUACGUGCCAUGUUGAUGUGUCUUUCAAACCACAGGUACCAGGAAAUCACACAUUAUGCGUUCAAGCACAAGACAACAGUAAAGGCGAUCAACGGUGCUGUGUGGUAAAUGUAGUAACAAACACCAAUAAAACUUAUGGAGGGCCGUGUCAGAUUCACCAUUGUUACAAUAAAGGACGGUGCGAAGCAGAUCCAACUACUUCCACUGCUACUUGUUUCUGUCCAGUAGGAUUCUCUGAUAUAAACUGCCAAACUAGCAAUGUUUCUCCAACUUUUACAACCAUGAACACUUCUCUUCCCACCAUUACCAAACACACAUUUACGGACACAGCUGUACCAAAUGUUAUAUCAUGUCCUAUUAACAUCGAAUGUGGCAUACCAUUGAUAAUAACAGGACCACCUGGCAAUAUUCCACAUGUAACUUCCAAUAGUCCUCUUGUUGACAAACAUGUACCAACUUAUACCUAUCCUGGACCUACAAACAAUACUUACCAAACUAACAUUAAGGUUCACGGUACUAAGGAGGGAAUAAAAGAUAUUUGUGCACAUAUUGGUGCAAAUGGAGAUGAAAUUUGCUUCAAAGUAAACAUCACUUCUUCAAAGAAUGCAUCCUCUGGAAAAAUGAAGAAUAUCCAAGAACCCACAAUUCCGGAUCUGUCUUCCGUAAAAUGUCUGGAAAAUACAGUCUGUCACUUACUUGUCCAUUCAUCAAAGCAAAGCAAUGGUAGUUGCGUACUUCCCAAGCAGGCACCAGUAACAAGUGGGACGAACAUUUUAAAGACAGAUCUUACAACAUUUAACCAAUCCCUUUGUGUUACUGAUGUAGCAACUCUAGUAAAGCCAGGGGAGACAAAAACCAUCUGUGUAGAAACUUCCAGUUCAGAUGCAAGAUGUAUUACAGUGAAUGCAGUGAAAAACUUAACAAAUUCGUCACCUUGCAGUCCAAAUCCCUGUCAAGGAAACGGAUUUUGUUUUACUUCUGAUUAUGUCAAUCACACCUGUGUUUGUAAGACUGGUCUAGGAGGGCCUAAUUGUGAAAAGAAAGUAAAACCUAAACCAAUACCAAGACCAAGCACAAAUUCAACUUCAACAAAUACUUCUCCUAUAUUUGUGGAUACAAUGUUGCCGAAUGAGAUUGUGUGCUAUACAGCACAAGAUUGUCCAAUUACUUUGCCAGUAGAUGGACAUCCUGUAAAUGAGAGCUCACUUCUCUUUGGACAUUUGGAUAAAGGAAUAAGUCCUCAAAGUAUCGAACUAGAGAACAUAACAAGCCCUCUUAAUCAAAGCAUCGCGCACUUCCAUGUAAUACCAUCUGAAUCUGGGACUAAACAUGUUUGUGUUCAAACCAGAAACUUAAACAUAAAUACAGAUGAAGUUUGCAUCAAAGUCAAAAUUCUUGCGAAUCACACCACAACAACCCCUUCAAUAAUUAAUCCUAAAAUAAUCUCACCUUCGAUGCCCAAUGGUUCUGUUCUCCAGUGUGAGUUAGGAGAGGAGAGUUGUCACAUACCUCUCUACACAACACCAACCAAAGGAUCAACUAAAUGUCCUGAAAUUGAAAACACGUCUUCUUCCUCCACACCAAAUGUCCAUGCAUUUUCUUCUUUGAAUAAUAUUGGAUCUGUUUGUCACGUGGAUUUGUCCGUUAAACCGAAAAGGCCAGGAAAUCACACAUUAUGUGUCAGAGCCAAAGAUAAGAAUAAUGAUGGUGAUGUUAGAUGUUACACUAUCCAAGUUGUCACUAACAAUAACAAGACAUUUGGCGGUCCUUGCCAGGAGAAACAUUGUCAUAAUGGGGGAAGAUGCGAGGCUGAUCCUGUAUCAUGGACUGCUCAAUGUAUCUGCCCAGUUGGAAUUUCGGAUUCAAGUUGUUUGACAAAUACCACCGUUCCAGGAACAACCACGCCUACAAUACCUUCCCAUAAAUUUACGGACAUAGCCAUUCCAAAUGUUAUACAGUGUCCUAUCAAUACUGAGUGUGGUAUACCCUUGAUAAUCACAGGACCUCCAGGUGACAUUCCAGAUGUGAAAACUAACAGUCCACUCGUUCAUAAGCCGAUACCAACCAUAAACUAUCCUGGACAUUCAAAUUCUACAUACCAAACAAAUAUAAAAGUAUCCGGUACCAAGGAAGAACUGAAAAAGAUAUGUGUGGAAAUCGGAACAAAGGGAGCUGAGAUUUGCUUUAAGGUGAAUAUUACUUCAAAGCAUACGCCAUCCGCUAAUUCUACGAAGAGUAUCCAGGAACCAACCAUUCCUGACGAGUCCUCUGUUGUCUGUGUAGAAAACACAGUUUGUCAUCUACUUAUACAUUCUGCAAAGUUUAACAAUGACAGUUGUACUAUUCCAAGGCAGUCCCCAGUUACCCCCGGAACUGUUGUUCUGAAGACAGCAGAGACAACAUUCAAUCAGUCUUUGUGUGUUACCGAUGUGGCAACUCUAGUAAAGCCUGGGGAGAAUAAAAAGAUAUGUGUAGAAACAUUCAGUUCUGAUAGAAGAUGCAUUAUUGUGAAUGCAGUGAAAAACAUAACAAGCAGUUCCCCCUGCAAUCCAAAUCCAUGUCAGGGGGAAGGAUUUUGUAGAACUUCUGAUUAUGUCAAUCACACUUGUGUCUGUAAAACUGGCUUAGAGGGACAGAACUGUGAAAAGAAAGAUAAGCCUUUGCCAAUACCCAGACAAAAUACAACUUUAACAAAUGAACUUCCCGUAUUUGUGGAUACAAUGUUACCAAAGGAAAUCGUAUGUUAUUUUGCACAAGAUUGUCCAAUUACCCUUCCAGUGCACGGUCAGCCACUGAAUAGGAGUUCAUUGCUGUUUGGACAUAUUGAUAAAGGAAUAAACCCCCAAAAUAUUGAAUUAGAACACAUAACAAGUCCCCUAAAUCAAAGCAUUGCACAGUUCCACGUGUUGCCAUCAGAAUCAGGCACCAAACAUGUCUGUGUGCAGACCAGGAAAUCGAACACGAAUACAGAUGAAGUAUGCAUCAAAUUAGAAAUUCUUCCCAACGUGGCAACGGCCUCACCUCCUUCAACAAUGUCAUCAAAGAUAACCUCACCUUCGAUGCCAAACGGCACUGUUCUUCAAUGCGAGUAUGGAGAGAAAAGUUGUCAUAUACCUCUGUACACGACUCCAGUACCUGGUUCUAACAAAUGUCCUGAUGUGGAAAAUACGGCUUCCUCCUCCAUUUCUAAUACUCAUGCAUUUUCAUCUGAAAAUAAUCAAGGAUCAUCACUGUGUCACGUGGAUCUAUCAAUAAAACCGGAAGUGCCAGGAGUUCAUACCCUAUGUUUCAGGCGGGGAUAUAAGAUGCUACACAGUUCAUGUUGUUAUCAGUAUCAACAAGACAUUUGCCCAAGUUAUGCCAACCCAUUGCAAUCCCAUCCAUUCCCUCACAUGUCUACGCCAGUUCAACAGAUUCCAUACGGGCACCCACCUUUCAUACCUGGCCACCCAGGUAUUCCAAGUCCCGCUUUUGCACCUCCACAAGUUGUUCUCGGUGAGGAUAAUGUUUUGAGGAUUGCUGCGGCCGUCAAACAGGCGUUACAUGUGGAGAUUUCUCAACUGGUGGUUUCCGAAGUAGCUAAAGCCUUGGAACCACUACAAAGCAGGAUAACUAGCCUGGAAAAAGAAAACAAAAACCUGUUCGCCAGCUCGACGAGCUGGAACAAUAUGGCGGUCCUUGCCAGGAGAAACAUUGUCAUAAUGGUGGAAGAUGCGAAGCUGAUCCUGUAUCAUGGACUGCUCAAUGUAUCUGCCCAGUUGGAAUUUCGGAUUCAAGUUGUUCGACAACCAACAGUACCUACCCAUAAAUUUACGGACACAGCCAUUCCAAAUGUCAUACAGUGCCCCAUCAAUACCGAGUGUGGUAUACCCUUGAUAAUCACAGGACCUCCAGGUGAUAUUCCAGAGGUGAAAACUAACAGUCCACUCGUUUACAAGCCGAUACCAACAAUGAACUAUCCUGGACAUUCAAAUAGUACAUACCAAACAAAUAUAAAAGUAUCUGGUACCAAGGAAGAACUGAAAAGGAUAUGUGUGCAAAUCGGAACAAAGGGAGAUGAAAUUUGCUUUAAGGUCAAUAUUACUUCAAAGCAAACGCCAUCCGCUAAUUCUACAAAGAAUAUCCAGGAACCAACCAUUCCCGACGAGUCUUCGGUCGUCUGCAUAGAAAACACAGUUUGUCAUCUACUUAUACAUUCUGCAAAGUUUAUCAAUGAUAGUUGUACUAUUCCACAGCAGUCGCCAGUUACCUCCGGAACUGUUAUUCUGAAGACAACUGAGACAACAUUCAAUCAUUCUUUGUGUGUUACCGAUGUGGCAACUCUAGUUAAGACUGGGGAGAAUAAAGAGAUAUGUGUAGAAACAUUCAGUUCUGAUAGAAGAUGCAUUAUGGUGAAUGCAGUGAAAAACAUAACAAGCAGUUCCCCCUGCAAUCCAAAUCCAUGUCAGGGGGAGGGGUUUUGUAGGACUUCUGAUUAUGUCAAUCACACUUGUGUCUGUAAGACUGGUUUAGAAGGACAGGACUGUGAAAAGAAAGUAAAGCCUGUGCCAAUACCCAGACAAAAUACAACUUCAACAAAUGAACUUCCCAUAUUUGUGGAUACAAUGUUACCAAAAGAAAUCGUAUGUUAUUUGGCACAAGAUUGUCCAGUUAUCCUUCCAGUGGACGGUCAGCCACUGAAUAGGAGUUCACUGCUGUUUGGACAUAUUGAUAAAGGAAUAAACCCCAAAAAUAUUGAAUUAGAACACAUAACAAGUCCCCUAAAUCAAAGCAUCGCACAGUUCCAUGUGCUACCAUCAGAAUCGGGCACCAAACAUGUCUGUGUGCAGACCAGGAACUCGAUGACGAAUACAGAUGAAGUUUGCAUAAAAAUAAUAAUUCUUCCUAACGUGACGGCUACCUCACCCCCUUCAACAAUGUCACCAAAGAUAACCUCACCUUCGAUGCCAAACGGCACUGUUCUUCAAUGCGAGUAUGGAGAGAAGAGUUGUCAUAUACCUCUUUACACAACUCCAAUACCUGGUUCAAGCAAAUGUCCUGAUGUGGAGAACACGGCUUCCUCUUCCAUAUCUAAUACUCAUGCGUUUUCAUCUGAAAAUAGUCAAGGAUCAUCACUGUGUCACGUGGACUUGUCAGUAAAACCGGAAGUACCAGGAAUCCAUACCCUAUGUGUCAGAGUCGGAAAUAAAACUGCAAGCGGGGACAUAAAAUGCUACACAGUCCAUGUUGUUACGAAUAACAACAAGACAUUUGGCGGUCCUUGUCAACAGAUGCGAUGUCAUAAUGGAGGAAACUGUGAAACUGACCCUGUGUCUUCAACCGCUCAAUGCAUCUGUCCAGUCGGAUAUUCUGACACAAAAUGCCUAUCACACAAAGUCAGCAUUUCACCAACAUUCCCUGGACCAACGGUGCCAACCACUAUUAAGCCUAUCUUUACGGAAACAGCUAUACCAGAUAUCAUUCAAUGUCCCACCGGCAGCACAUGUAGUGUUCCUUUAAUAAUAAAAGGGGAGCCAGGAAAUAUUCCACAAGUUGAUACGGACAGUCCUUUGGUCACCCAUCCCAUACAGACUGUUACUUAUCCAGGAAAAACCAAUGAUACAUUUCAAACAAAUAUAAAAAUGAGCAGUUUAAAAGAAGGAAUUCAUACUGUUUGUACUCACAUCGUAGACAAUAGAGAGAAAGGGGAUGAGAUUUGCUUUAAAGUCAAUUUUACAUCACCAGUUACAACAGUAUCGACAGGAAGCCAUGUGAAAUUUCAAGAACCUACGAUUCCAGAUAUGUCGUCUGUCAAUUGUUUAGAAAAUAAAACAUGUCACGUGCUACUGCAUGCUCCAAUGGAUAACAAUGGCAAUUGCUUACUCCCAAGACAAGCUCCAUUCUCAUCCGGAACUGCAGUUCUCACAACUAGCUUGACAACAUUUGAUCACACUUUGUGUGUAGCAGAUAUUGCAACGAUUGUUAAACAUAACGAAACAAAGAAACUUUGCUUUGAAGUAAAUGGAUCCGCAGAUAAAAGAUGCAUAAUUGUGAAUGCAGUGACAAAUUUAACAAAAUCACAUUGCAAUAGUAAACCUUGUGGAGCAUAUGGCUAUUGCAAGUCAACUUCCACUUCCUACGUGUGUAUAUGCAAACUUGGAUAUAAAGGAAUGCAUUGUGAAAAAACAACACAACCUAUACCAGUACCACGGCCAUCUAACAAGUUUUCAAACUCUUCACCAAUAUUUGUGAACACAAUGUUACCAAAAGAAAUAACGUGCCAGCUGAACAAAGAUUGCCCUAUAAUGAUACCCGUGCAUGGAAGUCCAGUGAAUAAGAGUUCCUUACUUUUUGGACAUUUGGAUAAAGGAGUCGAGCCAAAACAAAUUAAUCUUAUAGAUAUCACAAAACCAGUCAAUCAAUCCAUAGCGCAAUUCCAUGUCAUACCAUCACAAACCGGAACAAAACGAGUCUGCGUUCAAACAAAAAAUUCUUUGACGAACACUGAUGAAAUCUGCGUCAACGUAAAGAUCAUACCAGAUAAUACCGUGUCCACAACAACGCCACUCAUAACACCAGAAAUAGUCUCCCCCUCUUUGCCAGAUGGAACAGUAUUACAAUGUGAAAGUGCACUGGACAGUUGUCAUAUACAGCUCGUAACGAAGCCAACACCAGGAUCACAAUCUUGUCCAAGAGUGGAAAACACGCCAACUUCUUCGUUAGUAAACAUUCAUGAUUUCACAUCGGAGACGGUCACAACAUCCCAUUCAGUGUGUUACACAGAUUUGUCCGUUAAACCCAGCACACCGGGUAAUCACUCGCUGUGUAUAAAGGCAAGACAAGAAGAGAAAGUAGGGCAUGAGAGAUGUUAUAUUAUCCAGGCGGUAACCAAUGGCAGUAAAUCAUUUGGUGGACCUUGUCAAGAUCAACAUUGCUACAAUGGCGGACGAUGUGACGCAACCUCUGUUUCAAAGUCAUCAUGCAUAUGCCCUGUUGGAUUUACAGGAAGCACCUGCCAGAAAAGCCGAUUUUCUCCCCCAGUAAACCAAGGGAACACGGGCAAGCAAAACAACACUGCACCAGUAUUUACGGACACUGCCAUUCCGGAGGUAAUACAGUGUUCAAUUGGCACACCUUGUGGAGUGCCUCUAAUCGUUACCGGUCCACCUGGAGACAUCCCCACCGUUGAUACAGACAGUCCUUUUGUUAUCCAUCCUGUAAAAACAGACACGUUCCCAGGAGAUUCAAAUUCUACCUAUCAAACAAACAUCAAACUAAAGGCAACAAAGGAGGGUCAACGUAAAAUAUGUAUUAAUACUGUUCAUAAAAGUUUGAAAGGUGAUGAAAUUUGCUUUAAAGUCAAUUUUACAUCUGCAUUGCCUACCAAGCCACCCUCUGGUGGCCUACAAGAACCAACACUUCCCGAUUCUUCUUCUGUUCGAUGUUUAGAAAACACAGACUGUCAUUUGCUGAUACAUACUUCAAAAGAUCACAGUGGUAAAUGUGAAGAGCCAAAGGAGCUACCACACACAUCAGGAACAGUCAUUGUAAGUACAAAAGUGACUAGCUUUGAUCCCAACCUUUGUGUCACUGACGUCGUCACACGGGUGCAGCACACAGAAACUAAGAAGAUUUGCAUUGGGGCCCAAAGUUCCAACGUGAAAAGAUGCAUCAUUGUUAAUCCAUCGCUCAAUUCCACAACUUCCCAUUGUCAACACGUAUCUUGUAAUAAAGGAUACUGUUUUUCUAACGACCAGUCCUUCACGUGUAUUUGUCCGGUGGGAGUCAGUGGAAGAAACUGUCAGAAUAAUGUUUCAUGUAUCCCAAUACCAAGAAACCCUUCUGCAAAUAUAACAGCAAAUUCAACUAUAUUUGUGGACACCGGUGUACCUACUGAUAUCAACUGUGUCUUGAAUCUGCCCUGUGAAUUCCCAUUACCAAUAUCCGGGCAGAAUCUAUCAAUCAAAUCUUUAGCAAUUGGAUCUAAGAAUGCGUCCUUACAAAAUUGUCCAUUAACGCUGAGUGGCGUAGAUACAAAGCUUGCUCAUUUUUGUGUCAAACCAACUCAAGUUGGCAGUAAAAUGAUGUGUGUACAGACCCGAAAUACUGCUGGAGUCACCAUGGAUGAAAUUUGUUUAAAGAUUUAUACCACAUCUGCCCCACCGACAGUAACAGCACCACACACAAUAAAAGAUCACAUCAUCAAUCCUUCAUAUCCGGAUGGAUCUGUUAUUAACUGCGUGGUGAAUAAGACCUGCUAUGUCCCAGUAAUUACAGAAAAGACUCUAAAUCCUCCAUCAUGCCCGAAUAUAAAACAGACUGAGAGAACUACUCUGGAAAAGUUGCAUGCUUUUACACCACUUGCUCCAAUUAAUGAUAAAUGUGUUGGGAACAUAGCCAUCAUUCCUCAGCAAAAAGAAAUAGGACUACAAGACUUGUGUUUCAAAGCAAUACAACAGAACUAUCCAGGAACGGAACACUGUUUGGUGAUCAAGGUAGUGGAUUCAUCUGACAAGUCAAAAGGAGGGCCCUGUCAGACAAAACCUUGUGAGCAUUUCAGCCAAUGUAUUUCUGAUGUGGUCAGUAAUACUGCCAGCUGUAACUGUUCUACUGGAUAUACGGGGAAUCUUUGUGAGAAAAUAGAUGUACGCACAACUUCAUCGCCGACAUCAGCUAUCAUGACGACGGCGCCUUCGGUCUCUUUAUCAGGAAAAUCCUCAGCACAGACGUGUGAAAUUAGUGGAAAAGAUGCACGUAUAGCAGCUAAGCAUGGAAGAGUGAAGUGCACGUGUCACAGUAAAGGAAACGGCAAACCAAGCCAGGUGAUUACAACAAACCCUACGGCGACAUUGGACCAGCUUGUUAAAGCAGCCGGUAUUGGGGCUGGUAGUGUAGGUGGAUCUAUUGCCAUAGCAACGUUUAUUUAUGUAAUUGUCCAAAAAUUGCGGAAUCAUUUGAAAAUGAAAGAAACGAAACGAAGACCAAAGUACCUGAAAUGA